UUUAACAGGGUGACAGAUGAAGUGUUUAACUUUCUGUUAGUGUGGUAUUACUGCACGCUGACGAUAAGGGAAAGCAUUCUCAUUAGCAAUGGAUCAAGGAUCAAAGGCUGGUGGGUGUCUCAUCACUACGUCUCCACGUUCCUGUCUGGGGUGAUGUUAACGUGGCCAGAUGGACUCAUGUAUCAAAUGUUUCGCAGUCAAUUUUUAGCGUUUUCAAUAUUUCAGAGUUGUGUUCAGUUCCUACAGUAUUAUUAUCAAAGGGGCUGCCUUUAUAGACUCCGUGCUUUGGGGGAGAGAAACCACUUGGACCUCACAGUAGAGGGAUUUCAGUCCUGGAUGUGGCGGGGGCUGACGUUUCUCCUUCCCUUCCUCUUCUUUGGGCACUUCUGGCAGCUAUAUAAUGCAAUCACGCUUUUUGGAUUGUCAAGGCAUAAGGAGUGCAAAGAAUGGCAGGUCUUUGUGUUGGCGUUCACGUUUCUGCUGCUCUUCCUCGGGAACUUCCUCACUACGCUCAAGGUGGUGCACACUAAACUCCAGAAAAACAAAGACAAAAUGAAGAAGCUGUGA